CGGAGAAGUCGAGCAGCUCAUGCAUCUUUUUUUGCUCGUCCCUCGGCCGCCUCCAACAUCCCACCCCCCCGAGCUCCGGACUCCUUGGCUAUUAUUGUUGCCCGGCCAAGCACACCUGAAUCCCGCAUGCCUCGGGGCUGCCUGUCAACAUUCGUCCCUCUCUGUCUGUCCGACAAAUCACGAAACAAGCUUUGCCUAGCUUUGGAUCUGCCAUAGUCGCCCCCCCUUGCUCGCCGCUUAGCUCACAACGUCCCAUCGCCCACUCGCCCACGUGCCUCCCAAUAAGUACCAAGCCACGCCCAAGGAGGACGGCGCAGUUGAUACCGUUCCUUGCUUCCACUUCAUCCCAAGCUCAGGUAUGCACCGCUUGGCCCUUACUUCCAUCGAAUAGCCUGACCUCCUUCGGCUGUUACAAACGUCAACUUUAGGAGCUAACUUCGCUCUACUAGCAUCUUCAGGUGGCAGCAGCCCUUUGCGACCGCGACCAUGUCUUCCUCGACUCUCAGGCGUCGAGCCAUCCCCCCCGACGGCAACGUCGACAGCGAACCUUCGACCCCUCGAGACGAAAGCCCCGAGAAAUCCGAGACUGUAGCUCACGUCGUUCACCAUGUUAAACCCAAGACACGGAAACGCCGGAAUGGCGCCAUCUUCUUACUUGGAAGUUUGUUUGGAAUCAUAGCCGCCGGCUUCUUUGCGAAAAGCAACGACCUCAUAGAUUUCCCCGAGCUUGGAGAGCUUAGUAUGGACAGCUUUUUCGAUGUUCUGCCAGCUGGCUUGGUCAAGGACAUGCGGGAGCUUGUGGUCAGUAACAAUUCAGGCGUCGUCUUUGACGGGCGUCCGUCAUCUAGCUGGCUGAAACUAACAUGGCUGGCCGUGAAGCAAGGCGAGCGAGAAUUCGUUGAUAGCUACGAUGCCUUCUCCGUAGGUUUGCAGGCUCGCGCCGAGGGUCUUCAUGCCCAUCACCCCAUGAUCAUGGUUCCCGGCGUCAUCUCAACAGGCCUCGAGUCGUGGGGCACAGCGAAUGUCUCCCGCCAAUAUUUCCGAAAACGCCUCUGGGGCAGUUGGAGCAUGAUGCGUGCGCUGGUCCUCGACAAGGAAAACUGGAAGAAACAUAUCAUGCUGGACCAGGAAACCGGCCUUGACCCUCCUCAUAUCAAGCUGCGAGCUGCCCAAGGCUUCGACGCAACCGACUUCUUCAUCACCGGCUACUGGAUCUGGAACAAGAUUUUCGAGAAUCUGGCAUCGAUAGGCUACGACCCGACUAAUUCCUUCACCGCCGCGUACGACUGGCGUUUGGCGUACCCCAACCUCGAGACACGCGAUCAGUACUUUUCGAGGCUCAAGUCUUACAUUGAAACUGCGCAUGCGUUUUCGGGCAAGAAGGCUGUUCUCGUGUCCCACAGCAUGGGAGGGCAAGUUCUUUUCUAUUUCUUCCAUUGGGUCGCAUCCGAGAGUGGUGGUCGAGGCGGCGACGAUUGGGUCGAGCAGCACGUCGAAGCUUGGAUCAACGUGAGUGGUUGCAUGCUUGGUGCUGUCAAGGACUUGACAGCUGUCUUGUCAGGCGAGAUGAGAGACACAGCCCAACUCAACGCAUUUGCCGUGUACGGUCUCGAGAAGUUUUUGAGCAAAGACGAAAGAGCCCAGCUCUUCCGAGCAAUGCCUGGCAUUUCUUCCAUGCUUCCCAUUGGAGGAGACGCUGUUUGGGGCAAUUCGACAUGGGCACCUGAUGACAAGCCGGACCAGGAACUUUCUUACGGUUCUCUUCUCAAUUUCCGCAGCGGCAUGAAUUGGACAACUCCAGAACGGAAUCUGACGGUCGAGUCGGCCAUGAACUACCUCUUCAACACGACAGAGGAAUGGUACUCAAGAAAUGUGAAGGGUGCCUAUUCCCAUGGUGUAGCACACACUCAAGCCGAGGUCGACGCAAACGAAAAAGACCCAAACAAAUGGAUCAACCCCCUGGAGACACGUCUGCCCCUCGCACCGAGUCUCAAGAUUUACUGCUUCUACGGCGUAGGCAAGGCAACGGAGCGAGGCUACUACUAUCGAUCACCAGACGCUCCGGCUCUCACGAAUCUGAACAUUACAAUCGACACAACCCUCACGCAGGGAGAGGUGGAUCAUGGUGUCGUCAUGGGAGAGGGCGACGGCACAGUGAAUCUUCUCAGCACGGGAUACAUGUGUAACCGCGGGUGGAACUUCAAGAGGUACAACCCAGCCGGUGUCAAAGUGACGGUUGUCGAGAUGGAGCACGAACCCGAGCGAUUCAAUCCCCGCGGAGGACCCAAGACGGCAGACCAUGUGGAUAUUCUCGGGCGGCAACAUCUGAACGAGCUCAUCUUGAGGAUCGCGGCGGGCAAGGGCAAUACGAUUACCGACUAUGUCGCUAGCAACAUCAAGGAGUACGCCGACAAGGUCAAGGUGUACGACGAUGGCCAACGACCCGAUGAGGAGCAGGACACCUGGGAGGAGACUUUGGAGAAACUGGUCGGCAACAGUUCAUGAGCGGUUCGAGUAGAGGCGUUAUAUGGCGCAAGGGUACUGAGAGUAUUUGGAGCAUUUGGGGAUGGUUACGACACGGAUACAAUACCCUCCUGCUUAACGAAUUUCUGUGUUUCCAUUCCUUUAUUCUUUCUGUCUUAAUAGGUAAUUAUUGAACGAGAUAUACGCUACACUACACAUAGAGCUCGCAGUAUACUGUUUACAUGAUCA